AUGGGAGGCUGCAACGAGCGUGAGACGGUUUUUGAAGAAGAAUCAGUGCGAGAUCUCAGAACGCAAAUGGUAAUUGAGUACUUAAAGCAACGGAAGCUGAUGGUAAAAAAUCUUAAAACGCGUAAAAGAGCUGAAGACACAGAAAGUGCUGAUGAAAACAGCACAUAUUCAGAAGACGAAAAUAAAUCAGCUGAAAUAGCACCAAUAGAAAAGCAGGAAACAAAAAGGCCAAAAAUCGAGGAGCAAGAUGAAGCAAUCGAAGAAGAGCUAAUUCAAAAAGUUGAAUUUGCUCCAACGAAAAUGAAGCAAGAAGCAGAAACUGAAGAAGUCUUCAUAGGAGCUAUUGAAAUUUCACCUAUGAGGCCGAGCUUGGAAAUCCAAAAUAUUCCCUAUGUCGCUUCUUUUAGGCCAACAAAAAAGCCACCUGUUAUAGAAAAAAUAAUCCAAGACGCCCCACCAAGGCCAAGCUUGGGAAUCCAAAAAAUCCCUUUAGUGCACUCAAUAAAGCCGAAAAAGGCUGAAGAGCUUAAAAUUGAAAAUUUUUCAAUCCAAACCUCAGUAUCCAGACCGUCACUUGGCUUAGAAAUUAUGCCAAUAUCCGUUUUUGAGCCAAUCAGGGCGACAAUUCAUUCUCCUAUAAAAAUUGAGGAAAUUGCCAAAGAAAUAAACCAGCUAGAAGAAAGAGAUUUUUCGCCUUUGCCAAAUGAUAAAAAGCCUAAGUUUAAAAAACUUAAAGAAAUCUGUGUAGAUGACUUAUUUGUUUUUCAAGAAGAUAUAAAUGAGCCUUUACAACCUGACAUAAAAUUCCCUGAAGAAGAAGAGGAUAUGAUAAUGAUAAAAACCCCUGCUAUCAAAGUAGAAGCUCCAGCCAAACAAGAAGCAGGCGUAGAGUCCUCAGAAGAACAAGUCAUUGAUUUCCAAUUUUCUCCAGAAAUCCCGUCCAGAGACUCUGAAGAAAUCAGUAUGAGAGAUAGCUACUCCGGCGCCAAUGUAUUUGUGAAGUCUCGCAAGCGUAUUCAUAUGUUCAGAGAUAACCCGAAACCUUUAACCCCUGAGAUGCACAAGCUGAAUUUAGAAUGCAGGCUUACAAUUGAUGAAGAAGCCAGGAAAUCAAUCGAAAAAAUGAAUAAGUAA